AUAUUAUAUAUUUAUACAUUUACCUUGAAGCUUCCUCUCUAAAGUUAGUCUUUAAAACCCGGAAAAAGAAAGACUUAUUUUGAAACAUAUAGGCACUACUCACACAUUCUCUUUUUGUAUGCAUAACUAGAACUAUGAAUGAUGCAGAGACAAACUUGGGGAGGAGGUUCAGCGAUGAUACUUACUCAGGUUUCGACCUUCCGGAUAUGUACUUGUCAGAUGAAUGGAUGGACGAUAAUCUUGUGUCUGCGGUUUCAGGGAUGAAUCAUUCUUAUGGUUAUCAGACUAGUGAUGAUGCUCAUCAUCCUGCUGCCUUCUUCUCAGGUUCCUCUAGCAGUUUUGAUCAUCCCAAAUCUCCAAGUACCAACGCAUCUGUUGCCGCUGCUACAGCCACUGGUUCUGCCGAAAAACAGAUUAAGAAAGAAAAGAAGAAAGUAAAAGAGAGAGUUGCAUUCAAGACACAGUCUGAUGUAGAAGUGCUUGACGACGGGUUCAAGUGGAGAAAGUAUGGAAAGAAGAUGGUGAAGAAUAGCCCAAAUCCCAGAAACUACUUCAAGUGUUCAGCUGAUGGCUGUCCCGUGAAGAAAAGGGUUGAACGAGAUGGAGAUGAUCCGAGGUUUGUGAUAACAACUUAUGAGGGCUUCCACAAUCACUCAAGCAUGAACUAAGAUUCUUAAGAAUUUUCUAAGCUUAUGGUUACAAAGCAGUCAUGAGAAAAGAUAGUGACACCAAUACUAUUAUUCACAUUAUAAUUUCUGAUGAAUCUGUUCUAGAGACUGAUUUUCAUUGGUUAUUCUACUUAUACUCAAUGUAAACUGAUUGACAAAUUUUGAAAAUUUUAUGA